AUGCAACAACCUGUAAAACAUCAGAUCCAGCCCAUUGACUCCCUUACCCCCUUUCUCGGUGGGAAGUGGUGGAUUCGCGCUCGUGUGGCCGAUAAGUCUGACAUCCGCACCUGGAACAAACCCACUUCACAAGGCAAAUUGUUCUCAUUUACCCUUCUCGAUGAAUCCUCGGCCAUUCGUGCAACGGUAUUCAACGACGCUGUUGACACGUUUGAGCCGCUCAUUGAGAACGGUCAGGUGUACUACUUUAGUGGUGGACAGGUCAAGAAUGCUAACCGUCGGUUUAGCAACGUGAAUAAUGAUUACGAGCUGACUUUUGACAGUAACUCGGAGAUUAUGCUGGCGCGUGAUGGCUCUUCUAUGACGCUGCCGUUUCAGCGGUACAAUUUUGUACCGAUUGAGCUGCUGAAGCAACGCGAGGUCGGUUCUCUCGUCGAUAUUCUUGCUGUUGUGUUACUUAAUGGGGAGCUCACCUCCAUCACACAGAAGUCGACCGGGCGCGCGCUCAUCAAGCGCAACGUGAAGGUCGGGGACAUGACGGCCGCGGUGGAGGUCACAUUAUGGGGUGAUGAGGCCAAGACCUGGACGUACGACCUCGGCACCGUCGUCGCGUUGCGCCACCUCAAAGUUGGCAGCUUCGACGGGAUCACGCUCUCCACCACCUUUCAGACCAAGAUCGACGCCAACCCCGCCGAUGUCGUCGAUGUGAAGAAGCUCGCGAUGUGGUACGUCUCCACCGGGGGCACCAAUGUGCCCUUGCUCUCCUCCCUUGGACGCGGCCUCGGGGCCGGGGGUGGGGCCGGCGACGAGAGCAAUCGUGGCCGGAAGUACUUCUCCGAGAUCCUCUCCGAAGGCAUUGGCCGCGGCGCCAAGCCGGACUACGUUGACACCCGCUGUGUCCCAAUCUACAUGAAGCAGGACUCGCACUGGUACGACGCGUGCCCGACGUGCAAUAAGAAGGUCACCGCGGAGGGCACUCAAGGGGAUCGCUUUCGUUGCGAAAAGUGUGACGCACUGGUGACCCCGACCCAGCGCUACCUCAUCUCCAUUCACGUCAGUGACAACGUCUCACAGAUGUGGUUGACGUUGUUUAAUGAGGCCGGGACGGAGUUCUUCGGGAUGUCGGCGCCGGAGCUCAAGGCGUUCGCGGAUAAGGAUCCGAUGUUCAUUGCGAAGCUCGCGCAGAACCGGAUCAACCGGCCGAUUCUGAUGCGGCUGCGGGUGAAGGAGGAGAGCGUGCCCAACGCCCUUCCUGGGGAGGAAUCGGACCGGCUCCGAAUUACUGCGGUGCGAAUUACGGAGUUUAUGCCAAUUGCUGGGGUAAGCGAGGACGUCCGACGGCGUCUGGCGCUGAACUUGAGGGCUGAAUGUGACGACCUGAUCAAAUGCAUUAGUGCAUACGUAUGA